GUUGGUCUUUAUAAUUCAUCCAUCUUCCUUAUUUAGUUACAUACCAACUCAAUUCUCUCCAAGAACAAUGUGGUGGAAAUGUCUAAUGAGCACUUUUGGUUUACUCUUUCCAGUAGCUCUGGGAUCCGUUGUAUCAAGCGAUAAUAACGGCUAUUUUCUGGCAUCAUUAUACAAAAGUUUGCUUGAAGGUAAUUACACAUCAGCAAUCCGGCCUCAUUGUAGCGAAAAGGCAUUGAACGUAACAAUCGAUGUAGGACUUCGAGAAAUAGUAGACUUGUCAGAGAAACAGGAAACCAUCAAACUGAAAAUUUGGGUUCGCCUCAAGUGGGAAGACUGCAAUCUCACGUGGAAUACUUCAGACUUCGGUGGAAUUUCUAAAAUGGUAGUUCCAUACGACAAAAUAUGGAUCCCAGAUGUGACUUUGCUCGAGGGUAUCAACGAGAUUGCAAAUAUGCCAGAUACCUUGAUAACAAAUCUUGGAGAAGUGUAUUAUCAGUUCCAAACAACAGUGCACAUGACAUGCGGAAUGAACAUCGCCAAGUUUCCAUUUGAUCAUCAAAUGUGCACAAUAACCUUUGCUCCCUGGAUGCAUACAAACAGAGAAAUAGAUAUGUUCAGUAAAUCUGACACUGGGGAUCUCUCUUCCUUCGUCAUCAACCAAGAAUGGGUUGUGGUAAGUCUAAAGGCAACCAAGAUUACUGAAUUGUACAAUUGCUGUGAUGAACCAUUCUCUAGCAUUUCCUAUAAACUGGUGAUCAAACGCAAAGCCACUUUCUACAUAAUCACGAUGAUUCUGCCUUUCUUUGCCCUCACCAUAUUAUCUAUUGCUGGUUUUGUUUUGCCAUCCAUCUCUGGUGAGAAGAUCGCAUUCCAUAUGAACAUUCUUUUGGCUGUAACCGUGUUUCUGCUGUUAAUUCAGGACACGCUUCCAUCCUCCUCCGAAUUCUUCCCAACGAUUGGAAUCUACUUCACCAUCACCCUUCUGUUGACGUGCUUGUCGUGUGUCAUGUCUGCCAUAGUUCUUUAUCUGUUUUACCAUGAUCUCAGUGGCAAGCAGAUGCCAGAAUGGGUGAGGAAAUUUUUCGUUCAGGGACUCGGCCGCCUUAUGUUCAUAAAACCACACACACUAAUACCUGUUAAAUCUCAAGCAAACAGUCAACAAGACACGGUUCGGGAGAAUGCUGUGAGAAGGAGUGUGAUUCCAACAGACAAAUUCAAAAAGAACAGGAAGAGUAUCAAACCAACAGUUUUAAUGGGAGUUCAGAACGCCAUCUAUGAUGAUUGGGAGAAAGAACUGGGCGACGUUCAACUACGAAACCAAACCAGAGCGACCUUCAUGGAAACUGAUAAGUCUGUAUACUCUGAAGCUAACAAGAUGAAUGAGUGGGAACUGUUGGCCUACACGCUGGACCGGUUCUUUACUGUUUUCUACAUCUUUGUCACAAUCAUCAACACUACUGCCUUUCUCAUUGUGCUUAGUCAGAAUGAUGAACCAUAAAUGUGUUAAAUAGUAGAGUUCAUGGAAAUUUCAAUACAGGGUCAAUGUGUGUAUGAGAUAAAUUACAAUGACAGAGAGUCUUAGUAUAAAUUCUGGUUGUUUUGUUUUCCUUCUUUACCAUCUGUGACAAGAAUAACGAAAGACCCAUGGUCUGCAGUGCUCGUCUACAGAUAAUCAUGUUGUUGCCCCACUCGGGCUCCAAGGUCAUGGUUUGAACAAACUCAUGUCUGUAUCACAUGAGGAUAUUUGCAUGCUAAUUUAACAAACUGCAUCCUUGUGGUUUUUAAGAGAGAUGUAUAGAUUUAUACCAUGGUUCGUAAGGCUGAAGAUGAUUCAAAGCACUUAUAAUUACAGCAAUUUCAAGUACUACCCAAGCACCUUUGAACGAUAUGUAAAUGUUAAAACAGAAAGCUGACACAAGAUAUUAACUGGAUUCUUUUAAUUCUUAUUCUCAUUUAACCCCAUUUUAUUUAUUUAUUUUCAGUUUGAAUAAUUUUCCGUGUACAGAAACUAUAAUAUACGUCGCAGAAAAAUGAUCAGUUCUAACUCAACCUUUCAAUUUUUUCAUUUAUUCGUGCGAGUCCUCAUAUCAAACUAGCGAUGAUUCAUUUUUACCACAGGAUCAUCAAGGAUUUUUGUUGGAUCAAGAUUCAAGCACCAUUUAAAAAGAAUCCAAGAAUUACAAAUUUAAGCAUUUUCCCCGAGACUUUGUACUGUUAAUGUAAUUGCGAACACUUUUCAAACACUGGGAAAAAUUGAAACACUUUUCAUGGUCCGUACGAACCCUGUAAAUAUCACAGUUUUAAUUAAGGACAAAGAACAAACAUGGAGGAUGUGCACAAUAAUAUACAUAAUUUUGAAAAUGAAACCUUUCAAAUUUAAAAAAUGCUUUUUAAUAGAAAGUAAUCCGAGAGAAAAAAAAAUUAAAAUCCUGCUGGCCUCAAACCCGCAAUAGGUUGACAUGCUAAGGUGUCCGAUUCUGAAAUGCAUCACUAAGUUAUACAAUUUCUGUAAGGAAUAUGUAACUAUUGCUGCUAAUUUAUAUUUUUAUUCGUGUUUUAAAAAGGAAAUCAGCCAUUAUGACGAUGCAUAUUUUAGCUUUGAAUGUUCGUAGUGUAAAUAUUUAGCUUUGAAUGUUUUGUAGUGUAAAUAUUUAGCUUUGAAUGUUUGUAGUAUGAAGAGCAA